CUUUACACGAGUACAUCAUGAAGACUGUCAUAGUAGUACUUUUUGGUUUCUUUCUGAUUGACGUGUUGGAAGUGCAGGCCUACUACCACGAUGACAUCGGUAUUCCUACUGCGACGAAGAUCAAGGCUCUGGAAGAAGCAAUUCAAGCUAAUGGAACUAUAAAUAUCGAGAAUAGAAUCAUCGGUGGAGAGAUAGCAUUCAAUUCUUACCCUUUUUUCGCUGGCUUAAUCAUCAGUAUAUAUGGUAAAUCAGAAAACUCGAUUUGCGGUUCUUCAUUGUUAUCUUCCAAUCGACUAGUGACUGCUGCGCACUGUAAUUAUGAUGGCAGGCAAUCGGCGUAUAAGUUUGAAGUGGUUUUGGGCUCUAACCUGAUGUUCUUUGGUGGUGAACGUUUUGUCACUAAUGAAAUCGUUGUACAUCCUUAUUAUGAUCAUAAGUACUUUACAAAUGACAUCGCUAUAUUAUAUUUGUACCAGAAAGUUGUAUUUACAAACACUGUCAAACCGAUCAGAUUACCAAAUGAUGGUGAACAAACAAACACAUUUGCGGGAUAUUCAGCCAUAGCUGUUGGCUUUGGAAAAACUAGUACUAACCAAAAGCACGCCAAAACUGUGUUGAGUCAAGUCAAGUUGCAGGUGAUCGAUAACGCUCAAUGCGUGCGCUCCUACGAUUUUAAUGAGGUAACGCCAAAUACAAUCUGCACAAGUGGGGUUGGGAUGGCAGGACCUGUCGGUACUUGUGGAGGAGACUCUGGUGGACCGCUCUUCGUCUACAACAACAGGGAGCCAGUCUUGAUUGGUAUCACCUCCUUCGGUUCUAAAUAUUUUGGUUGUGAAGCAGGCGUACCUGCAGGAUAUACUCGAGUCACCAGUUUCGUGAAUUUCAUCCAACAACAUUUGUACUAGUCAACUGACUUGCUAAAUUAAUAAUUAUUACGUGUAACGGCUUACUCGUGAAACUAUUUGUCACGGUAACUCGAGGUUUCGACAAGGCGGGAUUUCUCCCGCCUUAAGAAAGGGAAAUAUCGGGAUAAAAGAAAUAGUCUACAUGCGUAAACCGUUAAUCGAAUAAUUAAUUCCAUAUAUGUUUCACGAAAGUUAUACGUAAUACAGGAAUGAAUAAAGCAUAAAAUAAAUCUGUAAGAACAUGCAA